AUGUUGGACCCGUCUUCCAGCGAGGAGGAAGGGGAAGAGAUCCUAGAGGUGGAGCACAAAGAGGUGGCGGCCCCGAAGAGCCUUGGAGGAGCCCGGCUGUCACCGGGCCGAGCCUCCGAUGGCCACAGCGGAGGGGGUCUCCAGUCCCGGGGCCGAGGGAGUGGCGGCGGCGGUGGUGGCGGCGGCGGCGGCGGCGGCCGACCCUCCAGCCCCAGUCCGUCGGUAGGCAGCGAUAAGGAGAAAGAGGACUUGGAAAAGAUGCAGAGAGAGGAGGAGGAGAGGAAGAAGAGACUCCAGCUGUAUGUGUUUGUGAUGCGUUGCAUCGCCUAUCCGUUCAACGCAAAGCAACCUACUGACAUGGCUAGGAGGCAGCAGAAGAUCAGUAAGCAGCAUCUGCAGACAGUCAAAGAGCGUUUCCAGGCAUUCCUCAACGGAGAAACCCAGAUCGUUGCUGAUGAGGCCUUCAUCAAUGCUGUCCAGAGCUACUACGAGGUUUUCCUGAAGAAGUGACCGUGUGUCCCGGAUGUGCAAAGCGGUGGCUGCUCGGCCAGCGACUCGCGGGAGGUUUUUAAGAAACACAUAGAGAAGCGGGUGCGCAGUCUGCCUGAGAUUGACGGUAUGAGCAAAGAGACAGUGCUGAGCUCCUGGAUCGCCAAGUUUGACACCAUCUACCGAGGUGAGGAGGACCUCAGGAAGCACCAGCAGAGAAUGACGGCCAGCGCCGCUUCUGAGCUCAUCUUAAGCAAGGACCAGCUGUACGAGAUGUUCCAGCAGAUCCUGGGCAUCAAGAAGUUUGAGCACCAGCUCCUCUAUAACGCCUGCCAGCUGGACAACCCUGAUGAGCAGGCAGCACAGAUCAGAAGAGAGCUGGACGGACGACUGCAAAUGGCAGACCAGAUAGCUCGGCAUGGUGGAAGGUUCCCUAGGUUUGCGUCCAGAGAGAUGGAGGCCAUGUUUAUCGAGGAGCUGCGGUCCUCUGUCAACCUGCUGAUGGCCAACCUGGAGAGCAUGCCGGUGUCCAAGGGAGGAGAGUUCAAGCUGCAAAAGCUGAAGCGAGGUCACAACGCCUCCAUCAUGGACAUGGGCCAGGAGGACGAGAACACGCUGUCCAAAUCUGAUGUGGUGCUGUCCUUCACCCUGGAGGUGGUCAUCAUGGAGGUCCAGGGUCUGAGGUCACUGGCUCCAAACAGGAUUGUUUACUGCACCAUGGAGGUGGAGGGAGGACACAAACUGCAGACGGACCAGGCUGAGGCCUCAAAACCCACUUGGGGUACCCAGGGUGACUUCACCACCACCCAGCCACUACCUGCUGUGAAAGUGAAGCUGUUCACUGAGAGCACAGGAGUGUUGGCUUUGGAAGAUAAGGAGCUGGGGAAGAUUGUGCUCCACCCGACUCCCAACAGUCCUAAGCAGUCUGAGCUCCACAAGAUGACAGUGUCCAAGGGCUGUCCAGACAAUGACCUCAGGAUCAAACUGGCCAUUCGCAUGGACAAACCACAGAACAUGAAGCAUUGUGGGUACCUUUGGGCCAUCGGCAAAAACGUGUGGAAAAGAUGGAAGAAAAGGUUCUUUGUGCUGGUUCAGGUGAGUCAGUACACCUUUGCAAUGUGCAGCUACAGAGAGAAGAAGGCCGAGCCGGUGGAGCUCCUCCAACUGGAUGGCUACACAGUGGACUACACUGACCCCCAACCAGGACUAGACGGCGGCCGGACAUUCUUCAACGCUGUAAAAGAGGGCGACACCGUGAUCUUCGCCAGUGACGACGAGCAGGACCGGAUCCUUUGGGUGCAGGCCAUGUACCGAGCAACAGGCCAGUCACACAAGCCGGUUCCACCCACCCAGGUCCAGAAACUCAACUCAAAGGGGGGCACAGCACCGCAGCUCGACGCACCCAUAUCUCAGUUCUAUGCUGACCGAGCCCAGAAGCACGGCAUGGACGAGUUUAUUUCAGCCAACCCCUGUAACUUUGACCACGGCUCCCUGUUUGAGCUGGUACAGCGUCUCACAUUGGACCACAGACUCAAUGACUCCUACUCUUGCCUGGGCUGGUUCAGUCCCGGUCAGGUGUUUGUCUUAGAUGAGUACUGCGCUCGCUACGGCGUUCGAGGCUGCCAUCGGCAUUUAUGUUACCUGAGCGAUCUGCUGGCGAGGGCGGAGAACGGAGCCAUGAUCGACCCCACCCUGCUGCACUACAGCUUCGCCUUCUGUGCCUCCCAUGUCCAUGGAAACAGGCCUGAUGGUAUUGGCACGGUAACCGUGGAAGAGAAGGAGCACUUUGAGGAGAUCAAGGAGAGGCUACGGGUGCUUCUGGAGAACCAGAUUACACACUUCAGGUACUGCUUUCCAUUUGGACGGCCAGAGGGAGCACUUAAAGCAACUCUGUCGUUGCUUGAAAGGGUCCUGAUGAAAGAUAUCGUUACGUCGGUUCCACAAGAAGAAGUCAAGGCUGUAAUCCGUAAGUGUCUGGAGCAGGCAGCUCUGGUCAACUACCAACGCCUGUCGGAAUACGCCAAACUGGAAGGGAAAAAGAGAGAGAUGUAUGAGCAUCCUGUCUUCUGCUUGGCGUCUCAAGUGAUGGAUUUAACCAUUCAGAAUGUAGGGCGGUUAGUCACUCCUGCUAAAAAACUGGAGGACAAUAUUCGCCUGGCCGAGCUGGUGAUUGAGGUGCUUCAGCAGAAUGAGGAACACCAUGCUGAGAUAUCCUUUCUGGCCUUUGCGUGGUGGUCAGACCUGAUGGUGGAGCAUGCCGAAACUUUCCUGUGUCUCUACUCGGCCGACAUGGACGCAGCUCUUGAGGUUCAGCCGCCCGACAGCUGGGACAGUUUCCCCCUCUUCCAGCUGCUUAACGACUUCCUCAGAAUGGACUAUAACCUGUGUAAUGGAAAGUUCCACAGACACCUGCAGGACCUGUACGCCCCCCUGGUGGUGCGAUAUGUGGACCUGAUGGAGUCCUCCAUCGCACAGUCCAUUCACAGAGGCUUUGAAAGGGAAUCCUGGGAACCUGUCAAGAUUAUAACAAGCACCCUGCCCAAUGUCAACCUCCAAAUGCCCAAAGUACCAAAUCUAACAGUGCCCAGUGUUAACCUCCCACAAAUACCCAGCUUCUCUGCACCCAACUGGAUGGCAGCUAAUUCUGUUAAUGGUUCAGGGACAUCAGAGGAUCUCUUCUGGAAGCUGGAUGCUCUGCAGACUUUCAUUAGAGAUCUCCACUGGCCAGAGGAGGAGUUUGGCAAACACCUGGAGACCCGACUGAAGCUGAUGUCCAGUGACAUGAUUGAAUCAUGUGUAAAACGGACACGGGCAGCGUUUGAGGCCAAGCUUCAGAAGAGCAGCCGGUCCACAGACUUCCGCGUGCCACAGUCCAUCUGCACCAUGUUCAACGUCAUGGUGGAUGCCAAGGCCCAGUCAGCCAAGCUGUGUACUGUGGACCUGGGGCAGGAGAGACAAUAUCAUUCCCAAAUUGAUAAUCUAAUUGAAGAGACGGUGAAGGAGAUGAUAACACUGCUAGUAGCUAAGUUUGUGGUCAUCCUAGAGAGUGUUUUAGCCAAGCUCUCCAGAUAUGAUGAGGGAACCCUCUUCUCUUCCUUCCUAUCUUUCACAGUGAAAGCUGCCUCCAAGUAUGUGGAUGUACCUAAGCCAGGGAUGGACAUUGCCGACGGUUACGUGACGUUUGUCCGCCACUCCCAGGACAUGCUGCGGGAGAAGGUCAACGAGGAGGUGUACAUCGAGAGAUUAUUUGAUGUAAGUAAGCCACGGCUCCUCCAUCAAAGGGAGGCUUAG